AUGGCCUCGAAACCGCCGACCAAAUCGUUUGCGCCCCAACCAAGACCGAAAAAGACGCCCGUGGACGAUGCCGAAGCGCAACUACAAGCCGAAUAUGCGCAAGCCGCAGAUUCGCAGUACGGCCGCGGCCGGAAAAUCUCCACAAAAUCAGUAAAAGACAAGAAAUUACGUGCAAACCUAAGAGCUCUGGAGCAGAAAACUAAACAGGCGACGCUGCAAGCAAAACAAGCAGAAAUCCUGCUAGACAAUGAGGCGGGACUAAUAGAACCGGAAUAUGAAUUGGAACGAACAUAUAAGGUCCGGCAAGACGACAUACGAAACGAGGUUAGCAUCGAAACUGCAAAGAAGGGAUUUGAAUUGCGACUGGACGCGCUGGGCCCGUACGAUGUAUGCGACUAUACGCGAAACGGACGCGAGCUGCUCAUCGCGAGUCGCAAAGGCCAUGUCGCAAACUUUGACUGGCGAGAAGGAAAGCUAGGCUGCGAAUUGCAGCUCGGCGAGACAGUACGCGAUGCAAAGUGGCUAAACAACAACCAGCGCUUCGCCGUCGCGCAGAAGAAAUGCGUAUACAUCUACGCAGGCGAUGGUGUGGAAAUCCAUCAGUUGAAGAAGCACCAGGAGGCUACCCAUCUGGAAUAUUUACCUUACCACUUCCUCCUCGCAUCCAUAUCAACAGCAGGCAUGAUCCGCUACACCGACAUCUCCACUGGCCAGAUGUUGUCCGACCUUCCUACGAAACUCGGCCCGCCGACCGCACUCACCCAGAAUCCGUAUAACGCAAUACUACACGCAGGCCACCAAAAAGGUCUCGUCACGCUGUGGUCACCCAACAGCCAAACGCCCCUCGUCAAGCUCCUCCCCCACCGCAGCCCCGUCCGCGCCAUCGCCGUGGAUAAAUCAGGUCGCUACAUGGUGUCUGCCUCUCAAGACCGUCAAAUGUCCAUAUGGGACAUCCGCAUGUUCCGCGAACUGCACUCGCACCACCUCAAAGCCCCCGCACAUAGCAUUUCUAUCUCCGACCGCAACCUAACCGCCGUAGGCUGGGGCUCGCAUGUCUCAGUCUACAAGCCCGACCUCUUCAGCCUCUCCCCCGAAAGCGACGUCCGCGUGCCGACACCGUACAUGAACUGGCAGGGCGACGGCAUGGGCGUCAGCAAAGUGAAAUACUGCCCCUUCGAAGACGUGUUGGGCAUCGCGCACGCAAAGGGCUUCACGUCCAUCCUUGUCCCCGGUUCCGGCGAACCCAAUCCCGACUCCCUCGAGCCCGGCACCAAUCCUUUCGAGACUCCCAAGCAGCGCCAAGAGGCCGAAGUCCACGCUCUGCUCGAGAAACUCCAACCAGAAAUGAUUUCCUUGGAUCCCAACUUCGUCGGCAACCUCGACCUCGUCUCUCACGAACAGCGGCUGGCGGAAAAGGAUAUGGACGCCAAAAAGGAGAAUAAGGUGGAGAAGCUGAAGAAGAAGGCCCGGGGGAGGAAUAGCGCGUUGAAGAAGUACCUCCGGCGCCACGGACAAAAGAACAUCAUCGACGAAGAGAAGGUUCGCGCAAGGGAGGCGCUGCAGAGAAACAACGCGAAGCUCGCUGCAAAGCUGAAGAAAGACCAAGAAUCAUAUGGUCCUGCGCUUGCGCGGUUCGCAAGGAAAGGGUAG